CCCUCCCCGGAGACAAUCUCCCCCGAUCCCAACCUCCUCCUCUCUCCAAUCUCAUGUGCGCCAACCAUGGUCAGCAUCCAGCUCACUCCCAGCCUCCAGCUCGGCUCACGGCCUAUAUAUUCACUCACCCGCACCCACUCUCCACUAACCCUCGUCUGCUAUGCUCUGCUCCGCUCCUCACAUCUCCAGCUCACAUAACUCCGGAGAGCCUAACACAGAGUUAGUGAGCUGCUAGUUGCUGCAAUGGCGAGGUGCGCCUUCUUGUCCCAGCCGACGCUGGUGCUGCUUCUGGUGCUUCUCGGUGAUGUGGUUGCGAUGGCGAUGGCCAGGCCGCUGCUGGGCGCUACCGCGGACGCGCCGACGCCGUUGCCAGCGGAGGGGCCGGAUGGCGUGGCGCGGCCCGCCGGCGGGAGGCACGACCGGUCCAUCGCCGGCGCCGAGGUGAUCCUCGCCGGGUUCGCCGCGGCCGUCAUGGCCGUCAUCUUCCUCUACAUCCGGGUCACCAGGAAGAGCAACGACAGGGCAGCAGCCGGAAUGGCGGGGAAGGCUUAGAAGAAGAGUUCAGACGGUACUGUCUCCUUGUGUUUUGGGUUCUUGGGGUUCAGAGACUUGUAAAGAAGAUGAGAGAUGAGAUGAUCGGUAGAGUUAAGUUUACUGGUUUAGAGUGAACUCUCCGUGUGUGUGUGUGUGUGUGUCACCGUGGUAAUUAAACUGGAAAUCUGUAGUUUGUCAUGUACAUGUAUGCGUGGAGAGCUUGGGGUUUGAGAAUGAGAUUUAGGGAAAAAACAGCGAAACAUCAGCUGAGCUAGCACGGUUCUUAAAAUCUUAAAUCGUGUAUCCGUGCUCUGUUUUGAUCUUGUGUCAGAAUCUUAAGCCUGCAAGAAGAACAGCCAA